GUAGUGCUGUCACGCUGAGUGCUGAUAACGUGAUUGCGAAACAAGUGUAUAACAACUAUACAAAAACUAUUCGGCAAUUCUCGUCACAAUUCUGUAUUUCUUACCAACGUCUGCAAUGAUCAUGUUGAGUCAUCAGCAUGAGCAGAUCGUUUACGACUUUGAUGUAUUCUUGACGAAAGCAAAAGAAAUGUCGGAACAGGAUCCACCCGAUAUAGUGAUUUUCUCCAACCUCAUUUGGGGUGCAGCUGUUAUUUGCUUAAGAAAGUUUUUUCUGACCAGACUCCAACUCGAGGUUUCAGGCCAACAUGCACAAGAAAAACUCAGGGAAAUUGUUCUCGAUACCUCUACGGACGACGCCAUUGUUUGUGAAAGUUUAUACAGUGCCUGGACAUUUGCAAAACACUGCCGUAAGAAUGCUAUGAGAUAUAUAAAUAAAGAACUAAGAAAUGAAAUACUACUCUCGGUGGCGGACAUGGAGGCGUACAUGAAUGCAACUGACAUUGAAAAAAUCAAAGAAAAAAUACCAACUUCUGGAUUACAAAUAAAACAUUCUCAAAACAAUGUAAAAAUUGGAAAUUGCCAAUUUUCAUACAAUAAAGUAGCGUAUUGAUAAUAAAUUUGUUUUGUUUUU